AUGGCUUAUGAUCCACGUAAUAUAAAGUAUCCAUCAGAAAUGCACAACCAUCAACAUAACCAGUCUAAUAUAAGUGGAUAUCCAUAUUCUGGACAUCCAGCACAACAUGUUCAACAAACAGAUGAAAAUAGAAAUGAGAAUAAUUGUGGAAAUAAAGAGACAUGUCCACAAAUAUCCCAUCAGUCUUCUGGCACACAGACUAUUCAAAAAGUAGAUGCAGCAACAAUGACUGAUCCAUUACAAAUAGACUUUAGACUUACUUCUGAGUACUUAGCACGAUGUUCUAGUACAUUAGGCUUACCAUAUGUAACUAAGUAUGAGGAAAAUAGCAAUAACUCAACACAUACUUGUCAAGAAGUUAAAUCAAAAAUUGAAUUUGAAGUGGAGCCACAACAUAUCAAUGGUAUGUUAAUCUAUCAUUGCCCAGAAUGUGCAUAUAGAUUUGAAGAUCGAGAGGCAUUAUAUGAGCAUCUUGAAGAUCACAGGCAACGGCCCUACACUUGUGAUAUUUGUGGUGCAAGUUUAAAGCGCAAGGAACAUCUAGAUCGCCACAAACAAGGACACAAUAAGGAUAGGCCUUAUCAGUGUAACAUGUGCUGCAAAGCAUUUAAACGCAAUGAACAUCUUGCACGUCAUAUGAUUAUUCAUUCAGGUAGCAAAAAUCAAGUUUGUACAGAGUGUGGCAAAGCUUUUUAUAGAAAGGAUCACCUAAAGAAGCACUUGCAGAGUCAUAAUAGUAGCAGAAGCAAAAAUCUAAAUAGUUCACAGAAUAAUCAAAAUAGUCAAAAUAAUGGAGAGGAAGGAUUAAGUAGUUUUGCAAUGAUGAUGAGGCAGGCUGGGCCACCUCCAUUUUCUAUUUUGAGAACUUAA